AUGACCCCACCACCAGCAACAAACACCGAGAGCGACCCUACCACAGCGGCGCAAAAGAGGUUUACAGUGCAAGGAAAUGCGGUUGUUACUGGCGGUGCCGGUACCUUGGGAUUGCAGUCGUGUAAUGCGCUUCUCGAGCACGGCCUAAACGGUCUUAUGAUUAUGGACAUGGACCCAACGAUUUCGCAGAAAGAAAUCGAAGAGCUGCGGGUGAAGUACCCCAAAGCCAAGAUUGCUACACUGAAAGUCGACGUCACCGACGAGGUCGCCGUGGAGUCAGCAUUUGUGGAGACCACAAAAGUGCUGGGAUCAGUGGAUGCGCUGCUCUGUUUCGUAGGUGUAGUCGGAUGUGUCAACUCAUUGGAGAUGCCUAUCCCGCAGUGGCGAAAGAUCAUGGAUAUCAACACCACAGGCUCUUUUAUCUGCGCACAAGCGGCUGCCAAGCGCAUGGUGGCUCAAGGAACGGGCGGCUCCAUUACCUUCGUUGCAUCGAUUUCCGGCCACCGUGUGAACUUUCCGCAGCCGCAGGCUGCAUACAAUGUCAGCAAAGCGGCAAUUCUGAUGCUAAAGAGUUGUCUUGCGGCGGAGUGGGCUCGUUAUGGUAUCCGGACGAACAGUGUCAGUCCGGGGUAUAUGGAUACGAUUCUGAAUGCAGGUGAUGGCAUUGCCGAGCACCGCCGGAUUUGGGCCGAGCGCAACCCUAGUGGACGAAUGGGCAGUCCAUCUGAGCUGACGGGCGCCAUAGUAUUAUUGGCGAGCAGCGCCAGCACAUAUAUUAAUGGUGCUGAUGUUGUUGUCGAUGGGGGACAGAUUCUGUUCUGA